AUGGAGAAUAAAGAAAACCGGCAGAAAUCCCGGAAACGUCAAUCGCAGCGACAGGAACAAGUUCCUCUUAUCAUUCCCAACGACUCGGUGGUCUCAACUUAUGCCAUUGGACUCCGUAGUUCGGAUCCUAAUCCGGCGAAGAUUGAGAUUAAAGAACUGAUUGGGAGUGGAUCCUUUGGUCAGGUAUACAAGGCCCAAUUGGAUGACUCCGAAGAGAUGGUGGCGGUUAAGCAGACCCUUUACAAUCCCAAAGUUUGUCAGCGAGAAGCUGAGAUAAUGGAGCAGCUAGUGGAGCACAGUUGCAUUAUACGGCUCAUCAUGCACUCCGUAGUGACCCUGGGAGAUCCCCCUAUGAAUUACAUCAUGCUGGUUAUGGAGUGGAUGCCAAUGACCCUUUUGGACUAUAUAAGGGAUCACCUACCGCAGUUAGGUCACCCAGAACUUCUUAUUUAUGCCCGUAUCCUUUCGUUUCAAAUCUUUAGGGGAUUAGGUUAUAUUCACUCCUUAGGCAUUUGCCACAGGGACAUAAAGCCCGAAAAUCUGCUGAUGGAUCAUCAGAAGAUGGUGCUUAAAAUAAGUGACUUUGGCAGCGCCAAAUUCAUGGUUCCCGAGGAGCCCAGCCUAAGUUACAUUUGUUCGAGAUUAUAUCGUGCUCCCGAACUCUUUGCCAAAUAUGAGCACUAUAGCUGUGCCAUUGACAUCUGGAGUGCUGGCUGCGUCCUGGCUGAAUUGCUCAAGGGAUCACCUCUCUUUGCGAGCCAAAAACACGAUCGAAAGCAGCUUAAAUUAAUUAUUAAUAUGCUGGGCAGCAAUGGCUUGGAACGAGCUCCUGAAAUCCGUACGAAAUGUGGAGAAUCCGUGCGUCUUAUGACCAAUCGCCCUUGCUGGGAUCAGCUACUGAAUGUGGCCGUACCACAGGACUUUUCUGAUCUACUGAAUUCAUGUCUUAUUUACGAAUUCUCUGCCAGAAUCUCCCCCUUGGAGGCUUGUAGCCACCGUUCGUACGACCAACUGCGCGUCAUGAACACUCUGGAGCUGCGCAUGCCCAAUGGCUAUCCGCUGCCGCCUCUAUUCAACUUUACCAUCCACGAGAUAGGUGGGGAUCCUAAAAUUUGGAUAGAUUUGCUACCACUCCAUAUUGCACAGGAUGUAGAGAUGCCAGCCGUAGCUGCUUUUAAAAAUGUAUAG